AUGCGGUUGCCGGUUCUCUUGGCGUUGCUGCUCCUCCUCCUUUCGUCCCUGCUCUCGGUGAGAGGAGGAGAAUCCUACGCGGCGAUCAGUUGCCGGAAGCACACCAAGUCGCUGGUGGAUUUCGGAGGCGUCGGGGAUGGGAAGACGUCGAACACGGAGGCGUUCAGGCGGGCGAUCGCGAACCUGAGCGGUUACGCCACAGACGGUGGGGCGCAGCUGGUGGUGCCAGCGGGGAAGUGGUUGACGGGGAGUUUUAAUCUCACCAGCCACUUCACGCUCUACCUCGACGGAAACGCCACUAUUCUCGCAUCCCAGGAUGAAUCGGAAUGGCCGCAAGUGGCUAUCUUGCCGUCGUAUGGGAGAGGAAGAGACGCUCCCGGCGGACGGUUCAGCAGUCUAAUUUCUGGUACAAAUCUCACCGACGUAGUGAUCACAGGAAAUAACGGUACCAUAGACGGACAGGGUGCUUAUUGGUGGGACAAGUUCAAGAAAGAAGAACUGAACCUGACUCGACCUUACCUUAUCGAAUUUUUGUACUCGGAUCAGGUCCAGAUAGCUUAUAUUACUUUGGUUGAUUCUCCGUCCUGGUUUGUUCAUCCAAUUUACAGCAGCGACAUUUUCGUUCAAGGGGUAACCAUCCUCGCACCAAUUGAUUCGCCGAAUACUGAUGGAAUAAACCCUGAUUCAAGCAGUAAUGUCCGAAUUGAGGAUAACUACAUAGUGUCCGGUGAUGACUGCAUCGCAAUCAAGAGUGGCUGGGACCAGUACGGGAUUAAGGUCGGAAAACCGACAGAACACGUGAGCAUAAGACGGCUUACUUGCAUUUCUCCAGACAGCGCUGCAAUAGCUCUGGGCAGCGAGAUGUCUGGUGGAAUCCAAGACGUUAGAGCCGAGACUAUAGUGGCAAUCAACACCCAAUCAGGUGUCAGAAUCAAAACCGCUCCCGGAAGAGGAGGCUAUGUCAAGGACAUUUUCGUGAAGGGGAUGAUCAUGAAGACCAUGAAGUAUGCGUUUUGGAUGACUGGUAGCUAUAAUUCCCACCCCGACACUGGGUACGAUCCCAAGGCGCUACCUGUGAUUCAAGGAAUAAAUUACAGAGACAUGGUGGCUGAAAAUGUGACUUAUUCAGCUAAGCUUGAUGGAAUAAAAGGAGAUCCUUUUACUGGGAUCUGCAUCUCGAAUGUCCAGAUCGAAUUGAGCAAAAACCCGAAAAAGCUACAGUGGAACUGCACGGACAUAGAGGGAGUUACAAGCAACGUGACUCCUGUGGCUUGUGAUCUGUUGCCCAAGAAGGAACCGGCAAUAGACUGUCCUUUCCCUACGGAGAAGCUGCCAAUUGAGGAUGUGUUGUUCAAGAUGUGUCCUGUUCCUAAAAACUAUGCUCACUAGUGUUUGUCGAGUU